ACGUGGUAGUACACGUUGGCAGACCUGGUAAAACACACGUUAGAUCAGGAAGAAACUCAGCUUCACUACGUCACUAACUUUACUCACUGUACAACUUCCUCAGGACCUGUGUCUUUCAUCAUUACAAGUGUUUCAACAUGUAAUAUUAGCAGCAGCAGCAGCAGUGGCAGCGGCUUCAUAGCCAGGAGGGUGGAGAUCAGGAGAGGUGAUGAAAAUGCCACCUGACCUGUCCGAGGCAGCACGACCACUGGAUGUGCUCCCUCCCCAGAGCUGUGGAGAGACCAUCAGUAGUAGCCCCCCAACUGAGUGCACAAGCAGUAGCAAUGGCACUACGGGUGCGGGGCUGCAGAGCCAGUACUAUUUCUCACAUGGACCUGUAGCAGAGAACUUUGCCAGCAGCAAUGGCAGUGUGGGACAGUUUCAGCAGCCUCCCAGUCAGAUUGUGGGGUCUGAGGUUGGAAAAGGUGGUAGAGAGUGUAAUGGAAAAGGAGCAGAAACACAGGUUUCCUCUCCCUUCAUUAACAUGUACCACCUCACUCCUGCUCUUAGAGCCACCUUUGCCUCUGUGGGAGCCACCGAUAGAGCCUACCAAUUCAAAGAGGUUUUGCUGUUAUUGAAAAAUUACCUUUUUAGCAAAAUACACCUCUUUGAUGCCAAGGAUAAUCUUUUUGUCAACUGUGGAAAUGAUCCUUUAGGCAAAGCCCUGCAAGUUGAUCGCUUUCAUUACACUGAUGUCGGGGUGCUGAUUUCUAAGAAUAUCAUCAGAGUGCUGCCAGAGUUUCCUUAUAGUGAAACAAAAGGAAGCCCAUCAGUACCUGUUGCAUCAGAUGCAACUUGUGUACAGAUAAAACAAAAUAGUUUAGGUGAACAUUCAGCCGAUAAAUAUGCUGCUGAGGGGAAGAGUACUACUUCUAUUAAUAAUUUUGUAACUAGCGUUUUAAGUGAAACUAAUGGCAGAACAGAGGUAUUAGUGCCCACAAGGGCUACGACCUCAGAACAUUUAAAGAGUUCAGAAACCUUGAUUCAUUCAAGGGAACUUCAGCAUGGCCAGAAUGGCUCUCUUGGCUUCAGCUCUGCUCCUGGACCCUCUAGAGAAAGCCAACCUGGGUGGAGGAGGCCAAGCCAGACUGCUGGUUUUAUACCCUACAAAUUCACCCUCUGUGAUAACCCUGAAAGCAAUUCUGAUGCAGAGUCUGUGUAUAGUAUGCAAGGAUACGAGACAGCUUUGUGUCAUAAUACUGAGUUUGAGGACACUGAUGUUGAGGCAGAGUUAGAGGCUGAAUCCUAUGAAGAAUAUGAAAUAGCUUCAGAUGAUGACAAGGAACAAGAACAGUCUGAUGAUGACGAUUCUGUAAUAGAGGACGUUGAGGUUGUUUUUUCUUUACCCGAGUCAAGCCAGGAUGAGUUGGAGGAAGACUUCUGGGCAGAUGAUUCAGACACAGAUGAUCAGUCGAUUGAUAAUGACCUUGAGUUGAUCCCGGAACGUUGGGACUGUCUUAUUUGUGGCUUAAAGAAGACUCCUUUUGUGCCUUACUGUGAAAAAUGCUGGCAGUUGAGGAAAAGUUGGUUGCCAGACCCUCCCAAGAGACGAAAGAGAAAGCCCCGACCCAAGAAGAAACACUCUAGGCGUAGAUCAGACUCGGUUCAGUCAGAUGAUCAGCUUGGUACAAAAAACGCGAUACCUGAAGAAAACCAUUCGAUAGGAUCGACGUUGUGUAGUAAUAGUGGUAGUAACCAAGAUCUUGAAGAAUUACCAAGGACGUCUUCAACAGCUUCAACUGUGUCCUUUGAAAGUGACUCUCCUAAUGUAAAUUGUUUUCUAGGUCAAUGUAGUUCUCAAGACUCUGGGAUUUCUUUGUCUCAGGAUAUUUUAAUAGAUUUCAGUGAUGAGUGUCAAAUGGGAAAAUCCAGAUCAAACACAAUUGAUUUUAAAGUUACAGAAGCCCAGUUAUCAGCAAAAGAUCUCUCCACAAGUCAAGAGGCUUCUACUUCAUCAGGUAAGAGUUCAGCAUCUACAACACCAUCAAAUGCAAGCAGUAGAAAGCGCAAAUUAUCUCAUUCAGAAAAUGUUGGAUGCCAUAAAAGAGCUCGACCCUCAGAGGUCAGUGAGCUGGGUGAAGAGAGUGACAGCAGUUUCAAUGUGGACAUUAAAGCUAAAGCCAAAGCCUUUGAUAAGUUGUUGGAAUAUGCUCCUGCUAGAGAAUGGGUUAGAUCUGCAGUUGGAAUGCAGUUUCUGUCCUCUUCCAAUAAACAGGAGGUUAAUUUUGAGGAAAUAGUGGCAAAUAAGAGUAUGUCAUCUUCAGCUUUUGAGUCAUUAGAGUCCUCAGAAAUUUCAAACUUAUGUGUAAUUUGUUGCUUACGUCCUAGAAAUGGUUCUAUUGCUCAUGGCCGAAUUGCCCAUGUGGCAACUUGUUAUCAGUGUGCCCGACGUCUGCUCAACAGUGGGUCUCGAUGCCCUGUAUGUCGAAGAAAAAUACACAUGGUAUGUAAAAUUAUCACGCUGUAGAAAUAAUAAAAUGAACAUCUUAAUUUGAAUAUUCUGAAUAUCACACACGCACUCUUUCACAAACACAUGCAAAAGUACAUUAGUGGCUAUAUUUCUUUUGAAAAUUGAAUUUCGUAUACUGUAUUUCUUAAAUACAGUAAGCUCUUGUAAAGCUCCUCUAUAUAGAGCAGCUUUUUGUAAACACAGUUGAAAAAGCACAUCCAGAAUUAACUAGUGUGUGGAGAGGCCUUCAUAGUACGUGCUGUUUAA